UCAAUCGAGUCACACCAGGAGCAAUCAGCGCGCCCUCAUGCACUGGCGUUCCGGCCUCUGCUCGUGUGUGCAGCCGGCAGCGGAUUGGACAGUCCGGCUCUGGGGUCUUUCUGAAGUGAGCGGCGCGGUGUUUGUGACGCGGCUGGGAUGUUGUGUCGCUGUCGGCGUUUGAGUGUGGAGCACGCGGUGGCGGUUGUGGCGCGUCCUUGUCGAUUCCGGCUAACGUAAGUCUAUCAGAAUGGCAAAGAACAAAUCAAAGGCACAGAAACGUAAAGAUGUCUUCAAAAUUGCUAAAAGCAAAAGUCUCAAGAUCAAAAGCAAAGCCAAACCUGUAACUACAAGUCUCAAGAAGAUUAACAUUGUGAAUAAUGAAAAAGUCCAUAAAGUCAAUAAAGCUUUCUCGGAAGUGCAAAAAGAGAUCCAAAGCCUAUCCAAAGAUACAUCAGUAUCUUCAAAGAAAUCACAGCAGAUACCCAGACCUCCACCUGCUGAAGCGCUAAAUGUGGAUGCUACCACUCAAUUGUUUUCUCAAUUAUGAAGCCCAAAGACUGCUUUAGCUGGACUUGUACAUAAAACAAGAAGUCUCUGGUGGACAAUGCCUUUUGGGAUUGAAGCUAGAGAAUUUUAACCCUAUAAAUCAAUGCCAUGCACAUGGACAUGAGCACGUGCGCACAGUCAAAAAUGAUUGGUCAUUUUUCUUUGUAAAAAUUCACAAAAUUCUUCAUUCUCUUUAUCAGAUUGGAGUAAUUCAAUAGAAUGCCAUUAUCUUCUAUAAAAGAAACUAGUUUGGAGAUCAUUCACAAGAAUGCCUUGAGCAGAUCCUUAGGAAAUUAACUUCAUUUGCAAAUGAGAUUUUUAUUCUACAUUGCAUUUCGGUUUGAAUAGUAUUGGUGAACAUGGGACAAGUUUGAAUAUUAUUAAUAAAUUAUGAAAAAUAAAUCUAA